AUGUCGGCCAUUGCCAUUGUCGACCCUCUUGCCCGCGACCACCUCCUGAAGCUCGUCCGAUCAAAGCCAUGGCAGCUCUACUGUGUAAGAUGGCCUGCCCGAACACACUCACAUGAAUGCAUAAUAACACGAGUCUUGUCUGAAGCGGGACUGCUCAGUCUCCGACACAAUCGCCAUCUUGGCCGCAUCCCGCCGUACCUGUCGCUUCUGUGCAUCGUCAUUGGCGUCGCCUGGCUGUUGCUGCUCCCCCUCGACGAAUAUUCCCGCCGCACCUAUGUCUCCGAGAAUGCCAUCCUUCCCGGCCAGGUUCACACCUACUUUGGUGGCAGUGAACACAAUGUCUUCCGCGCAUACAGGCAGGAAGUCGCCGAGAUGGACAAGCUGUCCCCCGAGGACCGCUCUCAAAAGCUGUACCAUUUGCUUGCUGCCAACGGACUGAAGCCCGAUGUGCAGAACUUCUCCUAUUCCAUCUCGGGUCAGAACAAGACUGGUCAGAAUGUCUAUGCCUUGUUACAGGGCCCUAGAGCAGAUGCCACCGAGGCAAUGGUCCUGAUCGCUGCUUGGAAAAACAUGGAUGACAAGAUCAACUACAGCGGUGUCGCUCUGCUGUUGACUCUAGCGAGAUACUUCAAGAGAUGGUCUAUCUGGUCAAAGGAUAUCAUCGUCUUGAUCCCUUCAGAUAGCACCUACGGCCCGCAUGCCUGGGUCGAUGCCUACCAUGACACCCAUGACACGACCGCUGUGGAGGCUCUGAACAUCAAGGCUGGUGCCCUUCAAGCUGCCAUUGCUAUCGACUACCCUGCUGGUCCAUGGGGUCAUCGCUUUGAGAAGCUUCACGUUGUGUAUGACGGCAUCAACGGCCAACUACCCAAUCUCGAUCUCGUCAACACUGCUGUCAACAUUGCUCAGGGUCAACUGGGCAUCACCUGUACUAUUCAGCGUAUGUGGGAUCACAAGGAUAGCUACCGCGAGCGUCUUGACACGAUGCUCAGAGGUAUGAUGAACCAAGCUGUAGGCCAUUCAAGCGGUCCUCACAGCGUCUUCAUGCCUUAUCACAUCGACGCCAUCACCUUACAAACAGUUGGUGAUGGCUGGCAUGACGAAGUCUCGCUCGGAAGAGCGGUCGAAAGUCUCUUCCGCAGUGUAAACAACCUUCUGGAGCAUCUGCAUCAAAGCUUCUUCUUCUAUCUGCUCAUGCAAGCUAACCGCUUCGUGAGUAUCGGUACUUACCUGCCAAGUGCUAUGCUCAUCGCUGUAAACUUUACUAUCACUUGCAUUUUACUUUGGGUACGGAGUGGUCAGCCAAAAGCGCAAAGCCUCAGUCCAGCUUCGCCUAAAAGCGAGAAGAAGCCUGACAUGACUCUUGUCAAGGAUGGCGCGAGCGUGGCGUUGGUACCUUCUGCAGACCUUGAGGUGGUUCAGAGAGAUCUUUUCAGCCCUCUAGCGAUCGUCCUCGGCAUUCAUGCUCUUGGUCUUGUGCCAUUCUAUGUCCUGAACCAAAUUCCGGACAAGGCAUCCCUCACCAUGCUCGCAGCUCUCAUGACGCCAACCAUCACAAUGCCCGCCAUUCUGGCCUUUGCACUUCGCCAUACUCUCAACCUUCCGCCUCAGACGUAUACCUUGAUUCAAUGCUUCUCUCUGCUUCUGCUAGGAGCCGCACUGUCUACACUUGCAACCCUCAACUUUUCACAGGCUCUCUUCGUUGGUCUUCUCGCAUCUCCUCUAUCCUUUGUACGACCAUUCUCGCCGCCGCGAACUUGGCCAAUCGCAGUGAAGGUGCUUCUGGGAGUCUUGUCAGUGAUUGUUAUGAUUGCAACAUCACCUCCAGCUGCACUGCACGUUCUCGGACUUGUAACAGGCAAGAGCUUCGAUGAGGUAAUUGCGGCCGCUGCGUGGGCAUGGAGAGUGGAGAGAGUGUGGACAGGGGUCACAGUGUGGGUCUUAUGGUGGCCUGCUUGGGUAUGCGGAGGACUUGCCCUGUGUAGUGGUUUCAUAGCGUGA